GAAAGUGAAACUAAAAGGAGAGAGAGAAAAACACAUGUGCUUCAACUGUCCUUUGCAGCCAUGAAAGCUUUCACAGAACCUACUACAAAAGGUAAGGUGGGAUUUCACUUAUGUGGUCAUGUUGCUUUGAACAAAGACAGUCACAAGUGUUGACAGACUUUGUUUCGUGUCUUUUUGGUGUUUUUCAGACAUGGCCCAUGCAAGUAGUCUGAUAUGGUUUGACAAUUUCUCUUGUGCGAUCUGUCUGGAUGUCUUCAAUAAACCCGUAGCCAUCCCCUGUGGUCACAAACUUCUGUCGUUCCUGUAUCACAGGCCACUGGGAUGAGAAAAAACCUUUAUCUGACUGUCCACUGUGCAAAAAGGAGUACGUAAAGAUACCAGAACUCUGUGUGAACACGGUCCUCUCCAGUGUGGCUGAGAAGUUGAAGAAGACUGUUGAAGAAAAACAUCACGACACUCCUGAACAAGCAGGAAGUGGACAUGUGCUGUGUGAUAUGUGUGCAGAGAGGAAGCAGUUAGCCGUCAAGUCCUGUUUAACGUGUUUCAUGUCGUUCUGAGAUGCACAUCUGGAGCAUCAUCGGACGGUUCCAAUCUUAAAGAAACACAAGCUGAUUCAUCCAGUCAAAGACCUGGAGAACAGGCUGUGCAAGCAGCAUGGUGAGCCUCUGGAGCUGUUCUGCAGGGUGGACGUGGUGUUUCUAUGCCAGGCCUGUGUGGACAGUGACCACAAAAAACACAAGACGGCAACUGUGGAGGAGGAGGCCAACACGAGGAAGGCCCUGCUGGGACUAGAAAAGAACAGCAUAAAUCAGAUGGUCCAGACCCACCAGAAGAAACUUCAAGAGAUCCAACUCUCAAUGGAGGAUGGAAGAAACAAUGCAGGGAAGGCGCUCACAUCGAGCCAGAAAGUGAUGAGUGAGCUGGUGGAAUUAAUAAAGAGAAGCCAAGCUGAGCUGAGAGAAGUCAUUCAAACAAAACUGAGAAAGAUGGAGAAAGAGGGUGAAGGCUUCAUUCAAGAACUGGAGGAAGAGAUGGUGCAAAUAAAAGGAAAAAUCCCAAUACUUGAUGAGGUCUGUAGCAUCGACGAUCCCUUUCUGUUCCUAGAGAGAGUCCUGUCUCUCACCAUCACUCCUCCACAGGUGAAGGACUGGUCUGAGGUGACUCUGAACAACGACCAGUUUUCUGUGCAGGAAACCCUGAUCAAACUUGAGACGACUGUGACAAGAGAGAUCAGGCUGCUGUGUGACCCGGACUUGAAGAAAAUGCAGCGUCAUGCUGUGGAUCUGACUCUGGAUCCUGACACGGCAAAUCCUUCCCUCAUCAUUUCUGAGGACGGGAAAGAAGUCAAAUGUGGAGACAGGAAGAGGAACGUCCCAGACAAGCCAGAGAGGUUCGACAAUGUCCCCAAUGUCCUCGCCAAAGAGAGUUUCAACUCUGGGAAGUUCUACUUCGAGGUCCGGGUCCAAGGGAAAACUCAGUGGGAUCUGGGUGUGGCACAUGAGUCCAUCAACAGGAAGGGUGAUCUCAGACUGAGUCCCAAGAGUGGAUACUGGACCAUCUGGCUGAGAAAAGGGAACGAGAUCACAGCCAAUGAUCAACCUCCACGUGAAAGAGGUUCCUCAAAAGGUCGGGGUCUUUGUUGAUUAUGCAGAGGGUCAAGUUUCCUUCUACGACGUUGAUACCAGGGCUCAUAUCUUCUCCUUCACUGGAUGCACCUUCACUGAGAAGCUCUUUCCAUUCUUCAGCCCCUGUGCUAAUGACAGCGGCAGAAAUUUCGCCCCACUGAUCAUCACUCCUCUCCAUUAGAGCAGAUGGCAUUUUUGUGUGUUUUGUGAGAAAGUUUAAGAGCAUUUAAAGUGCGUCAUUCAGUUACUCCCAUCCAUCAUUGUCGGUGCAGUGUCGCUAUGAGUCACCUGUUAUUUGGACAGCUUCAGAUCUGCAAAGGUUUCCUGCCUGGGGUAUCCUCCGGACUUCCUAACUUAUCAUUAAAUUCAACAUUUGAAUGCUGUUCUUGCCCGUCAAAACAACAUCUAUACCAGAGAUGUUUUGCACAGAUUUAUGAAAAUGUUAAACUUUUCUAUGCUGCCACAAAUUUUACACACAAAUGUUACUUACUUUUGAUCCGAUUCAUGAUGCUGCUAAUGUCAUGUGCAGGUUAAAGUUACUAUCAUAUGUUUUAAUGAAUAUUUUAUCUAGUAAUCCUGAGUGAUGACUUCAUCCCAAACAGACUGAAGGACUCUUGACAUUUAGUUCAGUUUGAUUUUAAGACUUGAAUUAUUUCCACCAAACAACAAGGCACCUGCUGCUCAGUUACAGGGGUUGGUUUUUAAUAGACCAGUCACAGUAUUGGAUCCUGUCUGGAAUAAAAUGCCAAGCAGCUUAAUUAAAACCAUCCAAACUUGAACAGAGCAGGCCUUUGCUGGUACCAAUACAGAAGAUCUGUUUACUUAUAGGAGAAUGAAGGUGGGUAUUUAUGGAGCAGAGCCAGGUUAUUGGGGCUAGUUUGUUUCAAAAAAUGCUGUUAAAUGUGAAGACGUUACUUAUCAGCGUGUUACACAUUUCUGUUACUAUAUUGUUGGAUUUUGUAAUCAGCUGAGCUAAGCUUGCACUAAUCUUUUGUCCUUUGACUAUUCUGAAAUUUUGUGAAGACAACAAGACUGACAAGAUUUGUUUGUAGAUUUCUCUUAAAGUUCUGAUGACUGUUGUUUUUCUCAUUUUACAGUAAAGUUUUUUUUUUCCACAGAAAUAAGAUGUCUAGUGUCUGAUUUAACUCACAGUCAGGUGCAAGUAUGACUUGAUCCCAAAAAAUUCUAACAAAAGGUUUCUCAGCUGUUUUUUUUUAUAGUAUUAGAUGUCCUUAAUAACAUACUAAAAGUUUACCAACGUUUGACCGCUAGAAAGGUGCCAUUUUUAAGAUGGUGUCCAUGAUGGGUAGGAAGCCCAGGGAGACACCCCAGGUGAAUAGGGUAAAAUUUUCAACUAACAGAUAUCACCAUGAAACUUCCUGAGUUUAUAACUUACAUUAAGACAAAUGUUUUUUGUAUUACAAGUUUUGUAAAAUAUUAUGUUGGAAUUUGUAAAUCAGGCAAUAUCUAAUUAAAUAUGCACUAAUUUGCAUACAUUUCCAGAGCCCAAAACUGAACAGUGGAUACAUCCCCUUUCAAAAUUCUUGUUUUAUUUUGUUGACAUGAAAGAGUCAGAAAGGGAAG